AUGGCCCACGUCUUCGUGUAUGGCACCCUGAAGCGAGGCCAGCCCAACCACAAAGUCAUGCUGGACCGUUCACAUGGCUCAGCAGUCUUCCGAGGCCGGGGCUGCACGGUCGAGUCCUUCCCCCUGGUGAUUGCGGGUGAGCACAACAUACCUUGGCUGCUGAACCUGCCGGGCAAGGGCCGCUGUGUGGCAGGUGAGAUCUACGAGGUGGAUGAGAAGAUGCUGUGCUUCCUGGACGACUUCGAAGGCUGCCCCAACAUGUACCAGCGCACGGCCCUGCAGGUGCGGGUGCUGGAGUGGGAGGGGGCCCGGGGCCCUGGGGACUGUGUUCAGUGCUUCGUGUACAGCACGGCCACCUAUGCGCCCGAGUGGCUGCAUCUGCCCUACCAUGGGUGCUACGAUUCUGAGGGCCCACACGGGCUGCGCUACAACCCCCGGGAAAGCAGGUGAGAGUCGAGUGCCCUGGAUGCCAACAGGACGAAGGGAGCCUAGCCUGGUGCACAAGCAGAGCUUUCCCAACUCAACAUCUGUCUAUAAAACAUGCUGACAAAGGUUUCUCUGCGACACAAAUUUUGCAAAUACUCUAAUCUGAUAUUACUUAAAGUUGCUUUCGUCAAGGAGCACGUGGGCUUGCAGGUGCUAGACGAGAAGCACUCUGGGCUAAGGUCCCUUAAGUGGCAGGUGCAGAGCCCCUGUACCCCUUACUGCUCCUUUGAUUUGGUCUGCUCUAACUUGAUGAUGGCAUCUUCUGAGACUGCAACACUGGGCUCGGAAGUUGAACAUGUUGAUUCGCACACACGGACAGAAAGAAGUGGCAGGGAAUUUUGGUUUGGGCUAGACAGAUCAGCAUAAAAACAUUUUCAAGAAAAGCAUGCUGUAGCUGCACUUUGUACUCCAUCCCCCCUCGGAGUUUCCAGAUCACAUGCACACUAUUAAAAUGGCCAUUAAAAUACAAA